AGUGAUGACCCUAUUUGGAGGGGAACAUUUUUAGCAGUGCUCUUAGAAAUGGUAGAGACUUCUAUAGUGUCUUGGUCCACUGGGAGGCUCCUUCAUUCGGAUGCUAUACUGUUUCAUGAAGGUCGAUGGCUGAAUGAUAUGUGUAUUCUCUACUAUUUCGAUGUGAUCUUAAAUGAGAAGUAUAGCAAACAUUCCGGUUGGGACCAAGUCUUGUUGCUUGACCCGUGCACUGCUUUCGCUAUCCGAUUCGAAGAGGACGAAGACGACUUAGCCCAACUCAUUGAUGGUCUCAAACUUGCACAGAGGCGGUGCCUUAUUGUCCCAAUUAACGACAGCGAUGACCCGACGUUACCGUGUGGGGGUUCUCACUGGUCUCUAUUGGUUCUAUCUCGUACCGCUCCAUUGAAGCCCUGGGCGGGUGUGUACUACGACUCGGCUCCUGGACGAGAGAUGCCAGGGUGGGUGAAUUCUGUUGGUAGGAAACUCACUGGUGUUGGUGAUAUUAAGACCACUGUUGGUGAAUGCAGCAAACAGACCAACUGCAGCGAUUGUGGCAUGUAUGUUCUUGAGUUUGCUGAGAGAGUUCUCCGGAUGUUUCUCGACGACGAUGAAAUGAGUCUACUCGACAUCACCACUAAUCUCAUAUCGGCUUUACGUAGAUCAGUGCUUGCAAGCAUUCGUAAGAAUGAUCGAGUAUUUCUUUGA